CGCGGAUGGCUCGAGACACCCUCCAGAUCAAAUGUCCGCCGUAGGAUGGUCAUCCGGAGGAGCCAAGGACGAGGCACGCCGCCGGCAGUGAGCUCGGUCAUGGUUUAUUUAAGGGAAGAGCGUGCGUAGAUUGGCUCCCUCACCCGAGUAGGCUCAACAGCGUUAGUGCAAGGAAGAAAGAAUCGAGAGAGAGUGAGAGAUGGCCUCGUCGAUUGUCUCCUCCGCCGCCGCCAACGGCGCCUCCCCGGCGCAGGCCAGCAUGGUGGCCCCGUUCACCGGCCUCAAGUCCGCCUCCGCCUUCCCCGCCACCUGCAAGUCCGACGACAUAACCUCCCUCGCCAGCAACGGCGGUAGAGUCCAGUGCAUGCAGGUGUGGCCACCAGUUGGCAAGAAGAAGUUCGAGACUCUCUCCUACCUCCCACCCCUUUCAAGAGAGGAACUCCUCAAGGAAAUUGAGUACCUUCUCCGCAUGAACUGGGUUCCUUGCUUGGAGUUCGAGCUCGAGAAGGGAUUCGUGUACCGCAAGAACCACAAGUCCCCCGGGUACUACGACGGUCGCUACUGGACUAUGUGGAAGCUGCCCAUGUUCGGGUGCACCGACCCGUUGCAGGUGUUGAAGGAGCUCAACGAGGCCAUCAAAGCGUACCCCAACAGUUUUGUUAGGAUCAUUGGCUUCGACAACAAGCGUCAAGUGCAAUGCAUUAGCUUCAUCGCCUACAAGCCCCCGGGCUUCUAAGUUCACUGCGCUCCGAACUGUUGAAGUGACCCCCCAUCUUUUGGAUUUGGUUUCUUAGGCCGAUUUUGUGAACUUUUUUGUUUUCCCUUCGAUUUAAGUUUCUCUCAUCAUUUUUCAUAACGUGCUUCCUUUUUCGUUUCGUUGAGUUUCUCGAUGGAAUGGAAUGGAAAGUAACGAGGGAUAAAGUGUUAUGCCGACGCUAGCUCCAAAUGUUCGCCGCUACGUUUUGUUGAUAAUAAUAUAAGAGAGCUUUUUCUGUUCU